GCUUUCCUAAUGACAAAAUUACAGUUUUGGAGAUUUCUAAAAGACUGCAAGUUCCACCAUUAUGACCUUACACUUUGUGAAAUGGAUCGCAUGCUGGGUGCAGGAAAUGAUGAUCCUGAGGAGGUCCACUCCCCUUAUGCUACAAUACUGCUUCGUACAUUCCUGACAUAUAUUGUCUAUCUGGCCUUUCACAUCACUAGUGAAGAGAAUCCAGGGAAAAAGGUUUCCCUUGUGGACUGCUUCUCCAAAAUCAUGGCACAAAAUAUAUCACCUAACUCAUGUAAUGUGAAAGGGUUUUUAUUCUGUGAAGCCCAGAAGACUGAGUAUGCAAUGUCUUGCAUUGACAAGUGUUGGGACGUUUACAAAAGUUGCUGCCAGAAAAAUAGAUCCCCACCUUAUGAACCCACUAUGACCAUGAGGUGUUUCAUCUGGAUGAUGAAUGACCUAAAAAUCCUAAACCAAGAUCUUACUGUUACAAAGAUUGUGGAAAUCUUAGCUGAGGACGACCCCGCUGUGCAUGAUGGCAAUGAAAUCAAUCUUAAGCUAGAGCUUACAUUCCUUGAGUUCUUGGAGGCUCUGUUUGGCUGUGCUAUCACCUACGUCACGGAUGAGUUAUUAAAUCAGUCACUCAGUGAACUUCAUCAAGAACAAAGUCAAUUGCCUGUUACAGAUGAGAUUACAGAAGAUGUAACAGAUCAUGUGCUAGAUCAUCCACAGCUGAAUAAGACUGAUUAUGUGAUGCUAGAGCAGGAUCUGAUCAAUGCCUUAAAAACAAAUGAGAAACGGAGCCCACCUCUUCCUUUCCAGUCCACAAAAAAACUGCAGAUGAGAGGGGUAACUGAUAAGUGGUUCCACCAGAUCAACAUAUUUUUCCCUAAAGUAUUCUUCCCAGCCUAUGAACAUGUAGAACUACUCAAGGCUGAAAUUCCAAAAAACAAAAUGAGACAAGCAGAACAGGCACGACUGCAGCAGAUCCGGGAAGAAGAAGAAGCUAGACUUAAAGCACUGAAGGCAGAAGAGGAAGCCAAAAAGAUUGAGCAAAUGGAGAUAGAAAGAGCUAGCACUUCAAUGGAAGAUAUGCAGAUAUCCAAAGACCAGACGGAUGAAAACAAAAGUGGACAAGAUCUAAUCACACCUAAAGAUGAGCCUCCCAUCCCGCCAUCUACUGCAAGCACAAAAAAGACUGCUGCAGCAGGCAAAAAAGAAGAAAAAAUA